AUGAGGUGCCGGACGCACCCCUACGAGAGCGCGGUCGGCGUGUGCGCCGCCUGCCUCCGCGGCCGCCUGCUCGCGCUCGCCGCCAAGCAGAACCAGGCGCCCUCGCUGCCCCCGACGCCGCUGCCGGAGCCCGUCCCGCUCUUCCCGAGGUCGGUGUCGCCCUACGUCUGCCCCCGCAAGUCCGACGCCGCCUCGGGGCCCGGGCCGUGGCGCCACCCGUCCAGCCGCCUCUUCUUCCGGACGCCCCAGGUCGGGCCCGGCACCGGCUUCGAGGAGGGCGACAUCGGGUUCCAGAUCAGGCGGAGGCGGAGCAGCAAGCUCUCCGCCCUCGCCGCGCUCUUCGGCGGUCACCGCCAGCACCGGCACGACGCAUCGGAGGAGAAGGGCGGGGGGCGGAGGCACGGAUCUUGGCUCGCGGGGAUCAUGCCGCGCGCGCGCGGUCGACGGAAGGAGGGGCCGGCGACGGAGUCGCCGCUGUCCCCGCGGCGCUCCUCCCGCGUGAUCAGCAACCGGGGGCUCUCGCCGGUGCGGUGCUCCUACGAGGAGAGCGAGGAGGGCGGCUCGGUGGCGGACUCGCCGUGGCGGCCGUCGCCGAUGCGGAAGACCCCCUGCCGUCGCCUCCUGGGCGGCGCCGGGGCCGGCGUGUCGGGCUUCGCGGUGUGCAUCAGCCCGCUCGUCCGCCCCAGCCCGGCGCGGAACCACCACCGCGGAGGCCACCCUCCGGACGCCCCCGCGCUGUCCGGCGAGCUCCGGCCGUCGCCGCUCCACCAGCCCUCCUCCGGCUCCUCCCUCCACCACUGCCGCUCCUGGAAGCUGGCCGACGGCGGCCGCUUCAGGUGA